AUGAUGACACAUUCUUCCAGGAUUGAGAUUUGCGGAGAUUCCAACCGCGUGGAACGACAAAAACCCAGAGCUCUCAAGCCGUACAUGAACGACGAGGCUUGGGAACGGCUCUGCAAUGAUUUGGACGAUGCCAUGCAACCCUGGGUAGCCCUGACACGACUCUCCUCUCGAAUCGCGCGAGCCUUGGGAGGAAUGUUCUUGGUGUUUGUGAUUGUCUACACGGCGGUGAAGGUAACAAAUCUUACCGCCGCGGAAGUCGAUAUCACUGCCUAUGUCCUCUUUCCCAUGCUCAUGUUCGUAGUCGCUGGUUCCACUUGUUGGUUGAUCCGUGUCCUUCCACAAACCAACGGCCUUGUGGUGGAGCGAAUAGAGAGAGCAUUGGAGGGAGCCACCAACCAAGUCAACGAGCAUAUGCAGCAUACAAGGAUAGCAAUGGAGUAUCAAGAAGAUGAAGUGAAUCGCAGUAAUGGAAAGUCGAUAAAGUGGAUUCAAAUACGGAUUGUGAACGAACAUGGAGAGGUCAUACAAACGGAAGAAGAUCAUCAUGAGGAAGGAGACCACCUCGGUGACAACGAUGAUGGCAGCUUUACGUUGGUAUAA